AUAUUUUUUUUCUUUUAUAAAAUAUCAGAUUUGAAAAAAAAAAAAAAAACUUUUUUCUCUCUCUAUUUCACUAUCUCUUUUUUUCUCUUAAAAAUGAAUCCAGAGUCAUCCUCGACUAAUGAAGUAACAAGGAACUAUUUACCACCCAUUCCAGUUAUGAUGCGACAUCCUUACAUUGUUGCAUCUGUUAAACAAUAUAGGGCAGAAGCACAGAAUGAGCAGUUGCAAACACAUAUUGUUUCUGAAUCGUUCAUCCCAAUGACACCCAACUUAGUGAAACCGCCAAGAAAGAGACGACGUCCACCAUUUUCGUAUUCUUCUUUAAUAGCACAAGCCAUUUUAGAGAACAAGGAUGAACGUAUGACGUUAAGAGAAAUUUACAAAUGGAUUACUGAACGAUAUCCUGCUCUGUAUAAUGCAGAAGAUACAGGUUGGCAGAACACAAUAAGGCAUAACUUGUCAUUAAACAAAUGCUUUAAAAAAGUGCCUAGAUCAGAAUUAGCAGAAGGACACAGAGGCAAAGGCGGUUAUUGGACAAUAGACCCAUCACAUAUGGAAAAGUUUAAAAAUGGAGCAUUUGCUAAAGACUCUAUGCGACGAAAACAGCCGACUUCUUUUUCGUCCUCUUCAUCGCCUACAUUACCAGAUACCCCUGUUACAGAACCAUGUCCUGCUAUGCAGAUCCAUAAUUUGUUAAAUUAGUGUAGUUUUCGUUUUGUAAAUCACGUUGAUUAUUCCUCGCAUUUUCAUACAUUAUAUAUAUCCCCCCCCUUCAUGUACAUUUUGUAAAAUCAAACCCACUCUUAUCUAUCUGAUAAUGAAAUGAUAAUAGCUAUUAUGCAAAAAAGAAAGAAAAAAAAACCACCAAUUCAUAGGAUAACUAACUAAGCCAUCAUGCUGUGUCUUCCUCCCUUAUUUGCCCAUUUGUGUUCAAGUAAAAACGUAAGAUCGCCAAAGAAAAAAAACACAUAAAAUGAGUUUAAACUUUAAGGAAGGGCUUUAUGGAGUACAAUCAAGGUAGAUAAAGCUGUCAAGUGUACAAAAUACUGUCGAAAAAAAAAAAAAAACUUUAUUUAUCUGUAUAUACAAAUGUAUAAAAACCAGAACACAACAUAAAUUAUCUUUUUU